AUGCGCUGUAAACCCCAUAAGGAGUGCCGUCAACGAAAUGAGACGGAGAUGGUUAUUUGUAGUCUUCACAAUCGCAGAAGGAAUAUUCAUCAAAUGAAGGAGGUCCGCAAAGGUAUAUUUGAAUGCCUACCCCAAUUUGCCUGCCGUGGUCAGUUCAGCGAUAGUACUGCGGCUGCGUCCACUGCACCUGUACCUGUAUCUGCACCCGCCUCAUACGUUUUGCCACCAAAAGGUAGCCGCCCGCAGCAAGCACCCGGGGAGGCACGAUUCACACCUUCAGUAAAUGUGGCAUGGGCACCUACAUCUAAUCGUGCACGAAAUGUGGGACUUGUGACCUCCAAUGACUGGGUGCAAACUGACCACAAGACAUGGUGCGCAAGGCAUGGGAAGUUGACAUCUCAAUGUGAGCUUAUCAAGGACUGUUGCCACGUUUGCUAUGAUGCGUCUCUUUGUCUUUCUACUCCACUGGAGUUGCCAGCUGACCUUUCGAUGAAAGGGUGCAAGGAGCUGCUAUGCUCGAAGCACAACACAUUGAGGUUGGUCGAAUUUUUGGAGAGAACGCUUGACAAAAUGGGGUACAUCUGUGUUGCAGGGCACCGGUGUCGAGGUACACUUAUUAAUCAGCAAGAGGUGCUAUCGGAACGGGACGCUCAUCCCACCAAAGAGGUAGUCUCUUCAUUUUUUGUAUAA